AUGUUCUCCGACUUCACUACUCAGAAGGAGGGGACAUUGAUGGGUCAACCUAGCGCUGACUGCCCAGUGUUUGACCGAGUGCAGCCCACUUACUCCGGCUACUCUGAGCGCUUCAAGCUGGGCGACCGCAGUUUCAACCGGCAGUACGCGCACAUAUAUGCAGUACGGCUGAUGCAGAUGAGGGACAUCCUCACCGCCAGAGCCAAGCAGACAUGGGGUGAAAAGGUGCCAGUGCGGAGGCUCUGCGACCUUCAGAUGGGAGAGCAGUGUUGCAUUGUGGGUACCAUCUUCAAGCACAUGGAGCUCCAGCCUUCCAUCCUGAAAGAGAUCAGUGAGGAGCACAAUCUCCUGCCUCAGCCGCCACGUUCCAAGUUCAUCAGCGCGUCGGAUGAGCUCAUCCUGGAAGAUGAGCUGCAGAGAAUCAAACUGGAGGGAAACAUCGACACACCCAAGUUUGUUACAGGUAGCGUGAUCGCUGUGUUUGGCGCAGAGAAGAAUGACGGAAAGUUCACGGUGGACGGGUUCUGCGUGGCGGAGCUGCCCCCCCAGGCCCCCCGACAGCCCCUGAGCUCUGACCGGUUCGUGCUCCUGGCCUCGGGCCUGGGCCUGGGGGGCAGCGGGGCGGACAGCCUGCUGGGCCUGCAGCUGCUGGUGGACCUGGUGACGGGGCAGCUGGGGGACCUGGGCGAGCAGAGCGGGGCCUCCCAAAUCUCCCGCGUCCUGCUGGCCGGGAACCUGCUGAGCCAUAGCACUCAGGACAAAGACUCCUUCAAUAAGGCCAAGUACCUGACGAAGAAGACGCAGGCCGGCAGCGUGGAGGCCAUCCGCAUGCUGGACGAGCUGCUGGUGCAGCUGGUGGCCUCAGUGCCGGUGGAUGUAAUGCCCGGUCAGUACGACCCCACAAACUACACACUACCCCAGCAGCCCCUGCACCGCUGCAUGUUCCCGCUCUCCACUGUCUACCCCACCCUCAAGCUGGCCAGCAACCCCUACCAGGCCGAUGUUGAUGGUGUCAGGUUCCUGGGCACCGCUGGUCAGAACGUUGGCGACAUCGUCAAGUACAGCAGCAUGGAUGACCACCUGGAGAUCCUGGAGGGCACACUGCGGCUCCGCCACAUGGCGCCCACCGCGCCCGACACGUUGGGCUGCUAUCCCUUCUAUCAGAAAGAUCCGUUCAUCCUAGAGGACUGUCCCCACGUCUACUUCAGUGGAAACGCGCCCACCUUCCAGUCCAAGCGCAUCACCGGGCCUGAUGGACAGGAGGUUCUCCUGGUGGCGGUACCGGACUUCAGCCGGACCCAGACCGCCUGCCUGGUCAACCUGCGCACCCUGGAGUGCGAGCCCAUUCGGUUCUCCUCCUUCACCGCCGAGGAUGACGAGGACAACGAGAUGAACAUAAGCCACUGAUGUGUCAGGCUGGUAGCAAGCUGCCUUUCCACACACUCCCCACCCCCCACGGCUGCUUCCCACUGCACCGCCCGUCUGAAGCAGGAGAGCCGGAGGAACCCUCAGCUCUGUCUCAUUUUUGAACAGGACAGAUGCAUGUUGUUACACAUUAAACAUCAGCAGCUGUGUUUAUACCAGUUCAUGGUGACCGCUGUGCACUUCAAAGUCAAUGCUGUGUUUGGUGUUAGACUGGAUGUCGAUGUCAGUCACUUGAAUAUAAAUCGCUGGUUCUUGCUAAUACCCUUUGUACUAGGUUUUAAUUGGAUCGUACCAGUGUGUCUCAGCACUUGAGUCCAGUAUAAUUUAUGCUCCAACACAAGACAAUUAAGCAAACCAAUGUUUAUUAAAUGAUAUGUACAAUUCCUGUGUCAACUGUUUAAUUAGCAUUUUAGACAAUCCCUCCAGUCAUAACCAACUGUUUUGUCUAAACUGACUCUUCUCUCCAAAGACAUUGUCUUUGUUAACUGUGGCAAAACAUUGUAAAUAAAUUCAACUCUUGCAUUUUU